CAGGAGAUGACCAGAGACUGCGGACACGGCACAGGAGAUGACCAGAGACUGCGGACACGGCACAGGGAUGACCAGAGAUUGCGGACAGUACAGAUGACUGCUGACCUUUGGGGAGGGGGGAGCGGGUACCUGAAUUUGACAGAAGUAAGAGCGGGUACCUGUCAAAUUCAGGUACCCGCUCCCCACCUCCCCAAAGGUCAGCAGUCAUCUCCAUAAUGUCCCGCUGCAGAGCUGAGCGGUCGGCCCGGUAUUCUGACAUGGCCGCGGUGGAAAUACCGGACCGGCCGCUCCAUAUUCGCUCCAUAAGACGCACUGACAUUUU